UCUGCAGUCAUGAAGCCUAGUCCAUCAGUACUGCUCUACACUCUGUCCCUCUUGAUGGCAUCAGGAACCAAACAAGGAUUCUCAACUCUGGUUUGCUUAUAUGACUCAAUGAAGACGGUGGUUUGCACUUGGAGCCAAAUGAGAAAUGCCACAGAUGCACAAUGCCGACUCACAGGUUCUGUUCCAAGGUGGUGCACUUUCUGUGACCCUUCAAAAGCACUCCAAAGUACUUGUCAACUGCAUGGUGCAGUCAACAGAAGCUGUGAGCUAAUCUUUGAUGAUCAGAAAUAUAGCUUGACGGCUUCAGACUAUAUUAACCUGGUUGUGUUUUGCCGUACUGGAAAGAAUGGGGAAGAUGUUCAAAUGGAGACACAGAAGUUCAUUCCCUUCCAAAACAUCCAGCUUAAACCUCCUUUUGACAUCAAACUGGAAAACACCAGCACGUCAUCCUCCAAUAUAACCUGGAAGCUCUGGGAACACUCUCAUUACAUAAAUAUGCUGCUUAAAUACGAAGUCCGGUACAAAAAUGAUCCUGGUAAGGCUGGCACAACCCUCCCAAUUGUUCAGGAUCAAAAAUGGAUAAAACUUGAGAAUCUCUCUCCUGACACAAUGUAUGAAGCAGUUGUUCGGGUGAAGACACAAGAGGAAAGCCCUUACAACAGCACAUGGAGUAACUGGAGCACACCUUUAUCAUGGAGGACUGAUCCCAAAGUUAUUCCUGAAACAACAUCCCAAAGUAUCCUCAUUAGAGUUUUUACUGCCCUUAUUGGAAGCUCGAUCCUCAUCACCGUUGUUCUGGUGGCCAAUACAAAAACAUCAAAAUGGCUUCGAAGGUGGCUGAAGAUCCAUUUACCAGAGCCAGCUGAAUUCUUCCCAUCUCUCACGGCUGCCAAUGGAGAUGUCCAGAGGUGGUUGUCCUCUCGAUUUUCCAUGGCUUCGUUUCAUGUCAUUGCUACAUCUCCAGAUGUCUCUGCACUCGAGAUAAUACAGAAAGGCAAACAGGAGCCCUGCCUCCUCCUUUCUAAGGAAUAUUUUACUCCGAUGGAUGCAGUAGACACCAGUGGGAAUUCCUCCUCCAGCUGUGUCACCAACCGUGGCUACUUUUUCUUCCACCAUCUUGAUUCUCUUGAGGUUGAGCCCUGCAAGGUAUACUUCAGCUAUGACGCCUCUUCUCAAUUGACCAGUGACAGCGAGGAUGGAGACUCUGGCUCCUACAAACUGCUCCACACGCCGGAUGACCACCUGCCUCUGCCUUCCUAUGGCAUGAUAGGAAAAGAAGAGAAUGGUUCCUUUCUGCCAGAAGUGACCCAGAAGGUUGGGGUUUGUUCUGAUGCUGUUCUGUCAGCUGAAAGCUUCCUGACAGCAUCAGCAGUGGAACAGGAUGAGGAGCAAAAUGGGAUUGAAGCCAUUGUUCUAUCUUCUGAAUCUCCAAACCAGCCUGUGCCGGAGUUUUCAAGUAUCCCAAAGGACUCUGGCAGCAAUACUAAUGAAACAGAAGUAACCAGAACUGUAGCCUCUCACACCACCUCUAUGGAAGGUACUAGGUUGUCCUCUAUGUUUCUAAACCCAGGCCAAGCCAGUGAUCUCUGCAGAGCAGUAUCCUCCAGUCACAUCUCUAGUUCCGAGGCCUACCUCUCCUUGAGGGAACUCCAGAGCCAUUACAGCCAUUAUUCUGUCUAA